AUGAAGUUUGGGCACGACUUGCCGCGAAACCAGGUCCCGGAGUGGGCUUCGUCUUACAUCAACUACAAAGGCUUGAAGAAGCUCAUUAAAUCUGCAGCCGCAGCCUCGAACCAUGGCUCCGAUCCAGAUCUUGCUGAAUUCUUCUUCUCCCUCGACCGCAAUCUCGAAGACGUGGACACUUUCUAUAAUCGCAAAUACGCAGAGUAUGCUCGUCGGCUGAGAUUGCUGCAAAGUCGUUAUGGCCGCGUGGCACAAAUGCCUGAUGGCAUCGAUAAGGAUGAGGCGCAGGACCUCAUGGACGCACUGCUAGAGUUGCGCAGCCAACUGCGGAAGCUCCAGUGGUAUGGCGAGGUUAAUCGCAAGGGCUUUGUCAAAAUCACGAAGAAGCUGGACAAGAAGAUCCCCACCGUGUGUACGCAGGAGAGAUACCUGGUCUCGCGGGUGAACCCGCGGCCAUUUACGCGCAACUUCUCGUUGAAUCAGGACGUGAAGACAGUGAAUGAGUGGCUUUCUGGACUAGGCGACAUCAAGACCUUCGACGAUAGUGGCUCCACCUACUCCGCAGCAUCCUUGGGUCGGGUCCCUGGUCGUUCACUGAACCUCCCUUCAGCUUUAUUGGAUGCUUUCGAAGACACGAUUCGCAGCGACCGUGUUGACGAUGUCGACCGGCUUCUCUCAGAGGCAGCGAUCAGCAACGAGACGACGAGUGCGGCUUUUCGGCAAGUCCUCCUCAACUUCCUCCAACGCGCUGUUUCGUACAGAGCCAAGUUGUGCAUUCCGAAGCUUCUGCAAAACGUCGCAAGUCUAGAUGAAGAGGACGACAUUAACAAGCGCAACGUCAUCCAUCGUCUCGUAAUCAGCAUUGGUCGCUCCAAGACUGGCGAGACGCUGGAUGGCGAGGCUCGUCUGCCACAGAGCUUGCUGGAUGCGCGGAAUUUCAUAGUACCAGCUACAGCUCCAAACAGACAGCCGCGGCCAUGCACAACCACUGAGGAGGAGUCUACGAAACUCCUGAGCCUGAACGACGAAUCUGUGCGGCUACUGGUUUAUCUGCUCGACCAACUGCAACCACAUCAACGCAUAGCCCUACAGUCGCGCGAUGCCUUUGGGCGCCUUCCACUCCACUAUGCUGCUGGUUACGGCUUCGUCGUGAUUUGCCAGGUUGUCAUUAAGCAUAUGCAAGACUGGGGUCAAUUUGACGUCAGUCGGGGUAUCGAUGCACAAUACUGGCAAGACGACGAAGGCGACGCACCACUCCAUCUUAGUGUUAAAGGGGGGCAUCCGCUAACCACCAAAGCUCUUCUUGAGGCUGAGGACUGGUGUGGCCCCAGCGAGGAGAGGUUAACUUCCAGAAAGACCGUCUCUCAGUCAGGAGAAGCACUGGCUCUGGCAACGAAAAUGAACUUCGUAACCAUCGUCAAACUUCUCGUGGAUGCAGGAGUGGACGUCAACUAUCAGAACAAGCAAGGAGAAACUGCAUUGCACAUUGCGGCGCAGUAUGGCCACGUCGAGUGUGCUAGAGCCUUACUGGAAGGCUCCAGUGUUAACAAGAUUGAUGUGGACAUUCCUGAAAACACGUUCGCAUGGACUCCGUUGUUCAAUGCUUGCGUUGACAAACAUCUUCCUGUUGUCGAGCUCCUUGCCGCUGCUGGUGCAGACCUGCAGCGACACGACAACUCCGGAUGGACUGCUAAGGAACAAGCAGCACUCCGAGGCCACAUGGAAAUUGCUUACUACCUCGCAAAGCUCUGUCCUACGACAGGGUCAUCGCUGCAACCAACAGCAGAUACUAGAAUUGCUCGGGCUGGAUCACCUCCUCAAUCCUCUCUUGAUGAGAAGACAUCUAAGAACAUGGCUCGUGAAAACAGCCAAAUCAUGCAGAAGGUGCCAGAUCCUGUCAAAAGCUACGGACACCGGUAUUUGGCGAAUGAGACCAUGAUUCUGGUCAGCCUGGGCUCGAUGGACAUGCGGAAGAACGUGCCAGCUAUCGCGCUCGACGAUAUUCCCAUAGCCGAUGCACAUGCUACUCAACUCGACACCGCCCUGUCCGUUUUCGUUUCGGCUUCUGGUGCCACAGGUGAGACCUAUCCAAUCGACCUGCCUGUCCAGGAUAUUGCUACGGAGCCGAUCACCUUCAUGACCAAAGAUGUCAGCAAGGUGCAGCUACUGUUCGACAUUUGCCCGACUUAUGCAGGGUCGAAAGAUAGCAUCGUUGGACGAGGUGUUGCCCUUCUCUCCACCAUCAAGACUCACAUUGGCUCAAAACGCAUCCCACUACAAGGAGACGUGAAAGUUCCGAUCGUAGCGGCCUCAACUCUACAAGUCAUCGGUACCGUCAACUUCAACUUUCUGAUCAUUACACCUUUCCAACAUCCGAACAUGUCCAUUACAGAAGAGCACACGUACUGGAAGAAGAUGGCAUCCACCAUGGUCAUUGGUCACCGCGGACUUGGCAAGAACACUGACAAACAGAGGACAUUGCAACUCGGCGAGAACACUAUCCAGUCCUUUAUUUCUGCUGCCAAUCUGGGAGCCGAAUAUGUUGAGUUCGACGUGCAGCUGACUAAGGACCUUGUGCCUGUAAUCUACCAUGACUUCCUGGUCAGCGAAACUGGAAUAGAUGCUCCGGUGCACACGCUCACCCUGGACCAAUUUCUGCACAUUGGGGAAGGUCAAAAGCCCAGACCAUCACGUGCUGGAUCGCCGGAGACUGUUCUUCCAAGCAAUGGGGUCCUCAACGGAGAAGAACAACGCUCAAAUCCUAAGAGACUGCGAUCGUACUCGGUCGACAAUUCAACUCAACGUAACAUUCAUACUGAGCGUCAAGACGAGCUCAAGGAACGGAUGAAGUACACUCGUGACUAUAUCAAGAAGGGCUACAAAGGCAAUAGCCGUGCCAUCUCAAUUGGAUCAGACUUCACGACGCUCGAGAGGAUGUUCAAGAGCAAGGACAUUCCAGCAGCGACAGGUUUCAACAUCGAGAUGAAGUAUCCCAUGCUCCACGAGUCAGAAGAGGAAGAGAUGGACCAGUACGCCGUUGAGCUGAACUCGUUCAUUGACACAGUUCUGCAAGUUGUUUACGACCACUCAAACAAACGCAGAAUCGUAUUCUCCUCUUUCAACCCGGACAUAUGCCUCAUGCUGUCCUUCAAGCAGCCAUCAAUUCCAGUGCUCUUCCUGACCGACGCAGGCACUUCGGACGUCGGCGACAAGCGUGCUGCUAGUUUGCAAGAAGCUAUCCGAUUUGCUAGUCGAUGGAACUUAUUCGGUAUCGUGAGCGCAGCGGACCCUCUCGUCAUGUGCCCAAGAUUCAUCAGAAUGGUAAAAGAGAACGGUCUGGUCUGUAUGACGUACGGAGUGCUCAAUAACGAUCCCAAGAACGUUCGUCUGCAAGAGAAAGAAGGGAUUGAUGCCGUCAUCGUUGACAGCGUGCUCAGCAUUCGACAAGGCUUGCAGGCACCUGACGAAGCAAAUCUCAGCGGAACACACGUUACGACGCUUCCGAUUAGUUCACCGCCUAUUCCAGUCAUCAAGGAGGGUAACGAAGGCACACCGGCGGUGCGACUGAACGGACACUUGCAGAUGGCAUAA